CAAGGCCAAGUUGAAAAGUUCCAUUUGCCUAAAUCCCAUACCACCCGAAAAUUUCGAUUGGCACAUAUCCUUCCAAGAGACCCAGGCAGUUUUUCGCUCUCCAUCCCUUGCUCCCCACCAAAACUUCCUCAAAGAUGAAUCAAUGUGCUCACACAAUCCUCUUGGAAGUUUGAAACAUCCCAUAGCAUAGGUAGGUAGAGCUUGCUCCGAUUUUAUCAAAACUUCCUUUCCCACAACCGAUAGCAGCUGCUCAAUCCACCCCUGUAACCUUUUCCAUAAUCUAUCUCUUAAGUAUUUAAAGACACCAUUUUUUGCCCUUCCUACUUCCGUUGGCAUACCAAGGUAUUUCUCCGAAAGCGCUUUUGAAUGCACUUGUAAAACCUAUUUCACUUCGGCAUUCAAAUCAUUAGGACACUUUUUGCUGAAGAAAACUGAUGAUUUCUCCAAGUUUACCUUCUGGUUAGAAGCAUUACAGUAUAGAUUCAACACUUCUCUUAUUUUAGAUGCAGCUUGUGGUUAAACUUUCAAAAAAAUACUAUAUACUAUCAUCAGCAAAUAAGAGAUAGCUCACCUUGGUGCCAUAAGCUGCUAGAAGCCGUAAAAGAACCGGCCCUAACACUAAAUACCUGUCGCUAUUCGGGCCUGCCCUUGUCACGAGCCUCCUUAAGCCCACAAAAGGCCGUCCAGUCCGAUAAAGAGUAGUCGUCCUCUGGAAUGGAAACCCUAAUCGAACCGAAUUGAAUCCUCCAGUCCAGAUCAAAACAAGGGAGCGAGCAUGGCGUCGUCCUCCGUUGUGAGCAGGCGUGGCGACACGGGCGGCAUCCUGGCUCCGAUCUCGCUGUCCUUGGUGGCGGCGCACGGCCGCGAGGCCGCGGCGGUGGCGGGGAAGCUGCUGCGGAGCACGGGGAAGGCGGCGUGGAUCGUCGGGACGACCUUCCUGGUGCUGGUCGUGCCGCUCAUCAUCGAGAUGGACCGCGAGCAGCAGAUGGUCGACCUCGACCUCCAGCAGCAGGCUCUUCUCGGCUCGCCGCCGCCCCUCGCCAAAUAAAUCCCUCCUCUUUCGUCCGUCCGUCUUUGUUGCCUGCUGAUGCGGUCACAUUUCGUUUUGCUAGUAUCAUAAGUUGUCGAGAAUUUUAUCACUAGUCUGUUUUUUCUUUUUUGGGGGAAAGAUCAUGCCUUGUUGUGACUGCUCCUGCUCGGUACAAUUAUCGCCAUAUCACCGACUUGUCUUGAUCUCAGACUCAGUCCUGUGAUACACAAGAGUGUUUGUUUGUGAUGCCUAUUUAGAUACAUAUUCAGAGUACAUGCAUGAUUGUCAC